AUGGCAACGUCAGCAGUAUCAACACCCUUGAAAAGCCACCAUGGCAUCUUCUCCACAAAGACUGCCGGCGGCAGAAUGCCUCUGACACCCUCGCCGAGGAGCAGAACGACAAGCAUGCCUCACAACGUCUCUACAAACUCAUCUCCUUCCACUCCUCUGCGGAAAGACCAAUCCAUCCAUAAGUCAGAUCCCUCCACUUUCUUCUCUCGAUCGAUUUCACGAUCAGUUUCCAAGUUUGCCUACGCAAAUUCCCCUAAAUCCAACAUUGCCAGAACGAAACAGUCACCGAAGCAGCUCGACCUCGGGGUCUCUGAGUGGACUUUGGCCGGCACUGGGCCACACACUUCUUCAACCCCGUCGCGGGAGAAGUCAAGGAAAGAGACUGCAUUGAGAUCAAGAACUGCAAAGACCACAAUCAGACUUCCACACAACACCGCAGACAGAUUCAUUCCUAACCGUGGUGCCAGCGCCGGUCUUGCUACAGCAGGCGCAGCCAAGCCUGACGAAAACACCCGUCCUCGCUCUGCUGACGGAUCUGUUGUGCUCGCAAAUGCUGCAAGCGCUUUUGACAUCUCUGCCCGAGGAGCCGACGCAGACAUCACAACUGCUCUCGAGGGACUUGGCUUGGAGGAUGAUAGCGCUCCUUCGUACGCUCGCUCGAGCAAAGAAUCUACUGCAUACGAAUCAUCUCUGGCUUCUGCCUGCGGCAUCUCUACCAGCCAGCGAAUCCUUGAAUUCAAGCCAGCUCCUCCCGAGUCAUCCAAGCCCAUCGACCUCCGAUCACAGUACAAUCGACCCUUGAAGCAGGCCAAUGCACAGUCUGCACAGUUUCGCAGACGCAUCCAGUCAGCCCCAGAACGAGUGCUGGACGCUCCCGGCCUCGUUGACGACUACUACCUGAACUUGCUCGACUGGAGCGCCGGUAACCAAGUCGCUAUUGGACUCGAACGCAAUGUCUACGUCUGGUCUGCCGACAGUGGCACCGUGAGCUGCUUGUUGGAGACAUCUCCAGACACAUACAUUAGCAGUGUGAAAUGGUCUGGUGACGGCGCUUACGUCGGUGUGGGUCUGGGCACCGGGGAAGUGCAGAUCUGGGAUGUCGAAGAGGGGACCAAGCUUCGAAGCAUGUUCGGCCACGAAACCCGGGUCGGAGUGAUGGGGUGGAACAAGCACACGCUGUCGACGGGAGCCCGCAGUGGCCUCGUCUUCAACCACGACGUCCGUGUUGCUCAGCACAAGGUGGCCGAACUGGUCUCCCACACCUCCGAGGUCUGCGGUCUUGAGUGGCGCUCCGAUGGGGCUCAACUCGCGACUGGAGGCAACGACAACUUGGUCUCCAUCUGGGAUGCUCGGUCUCUUGCCGCGCCAAAGUUUGCCAAGAAGAAUCACCGCGCCGCCGUCAAGGCUCUUAGCUGGUGCCCAUGGCAAUUGAAUCUCUUGGCUACCGGAGGUGGCUCAAACGACAGGCACAUCCACUUCUGGAAUACCACAACCGGAGCUCGCGUCAACAGCAUCGACACUGGAUCACAAGUGACGAGCUUGAAGUGGAGCAACCACUACCGUGAGCUGGUCAGCUCUAGCGGCUUCCCUGAUAACUCAUUGAGCAUCUGGAGCUACCCUACCUUGGUCCGAAAUGUGGAAAUUCCAGCACAUGAAACUCGGGUCCUCCACAGCUGCCUAAGCCCCGACGGACAAAUGUUGGCUACAGCGGCGGCUGAUGAGAGCUUGAAGUUUUGGAAGGUAUUCGAGCGAAAGGCAGGAAUGAGCGCUGCAGCCUCCAGAGAAGGCGGCGUCGGAAAGGGCGGAGCAAUGGCAAAGCAGAUGACCAUUCGGUAG